UCACAUAGAUACAACCAAAGAGACGUGAGUAUAAUAAAAUCGGAGACAGAGCAAAAGCUAAAGAAAAAUUAGAGAUAGAGACACACCCAAAAGGAGACAAUAAAACACAGAGACGAAGCAGCGCUCCAAGAUAGAGCUGAGAAAUACAGAGACAGAGCCGUAAUAGAUCACGAAACCGAAGAAAAAGAGAGAGAAGGCGUACAGAAUGUUACAGAGAUGAAGAGAUCUGUGAAAGUUUAGCCACCGCCGGUGGAAAGAAUCGCCGACGAAGAGCUGCCGUCUUCCUCUCCGAUUGAUGAUCUAGGGUUUGCUUUGUUCGCGAGUUGGGGGAGAGAGAGAGAGAUCCUGAUAUGUGGAUUUAUAUUUAAUUGAAUUAAAAGAUAAAUA